AUGAGGAAAGCAGACCACGAUGUCGAGGGCCGCAAGGUCACCGCCGAAAUUGGCGGGGAGGCACAAAUUGCUACGGUUGCAGAGACAAGGAUGGACUUUAGAACCGCUAUCAAGCUUUACCCGAAAGCAGCUGCAUGGUCGUUGUUCUUUUCCCUGGGAGUGAUAAUGACUGGCUUCGAUCCCCAGAUCAUGGGUAACUUAUAUGGAGUCCCAAAAUUUCAGGAGGACUUUGGCAUGGGAAGCCCGGUUGGUCAAGUCGUGGGUGCUUUAGCGGCAAGUUAUCCAAUGGAGUGGUUUGGGCGGAAGUCGACGUUCUUGUUUUAUGCUCGUUCUCUCCCUGUGUUGCUGGUGGGUGAGCUGCUCGGUGGUCUCAUCCUCGGCUGUUAUGCAGUCAUUGCUCCAGCAUACGCUUCUGAAGUUUGCCCGGUCGCUUUACGAGGUGUGUUGGCCGCGUACAUAAACUUAUGUUUUGUCAUCGGCCAGUUUAUCGCGAAUGGCAUAGCUGCCGCCACCCAUGGACUAGAUUCGCAUUGGGCCUAUAGUAUUCCGUUCUCCAUGCAGUGGAUUUGGCCAGCGAUUAUCCUUUUGGGUAUUUUCUUCGCUCCUGAAAGUCCCUGGUGGCUGGUGAGGAAAGGAAGACUUGACAACGCUGAGAUGUCACUUCGGCGGCUAGCAUCCCCAAGGGUGGACGUCAAGGCGACCUUGGCAAUGAUCAUUGAAACUGAUCGGCUGGAGCAGGAGAUGGAGGCAGGCACUACAUACCGGGAUUGCUUUAGGAAGAUCAAUCUUAGGCGGACUGAAAUUGCUAUCGGCGUUUAUACUAUCCAAGUCUUUAGCGGAAUAUAUCUCAUCGGUUUCUCGACUUAUUUCUUCACUUUGGCUGGCCUGUCAACAGAUAAUGCAUUUAACAUGGGCAUCGGGUUCCUUGGUGUUGGAUUCGUAGGGACAUGUCUAUCGUGGGUGCUGCUCUCAUAUUUUGGUCGAAGAACAAUCUAUGGCAACGGCUUGGGGGUAAUGGCUAUUAUUCUGUUUAGCAUUGGCAUUCUGGACUGUACCCCCAACUACCUUGAUCGACCUGGCGUGAUUUGGGCGCAAUCGUCGAUGAUGCUGGUCUGGAAUUUCACUUAUAAUAUAUCCGUCGGCCCCAUCUGCUUUGUGAUCCUAUGUGAAUGCUCGGCGACGAAGGUUCGUUCCAAAACCAUUGCCAUCGCUACGGCUAUCCAGGCGAUUUUUGGAAUUGUCAUGACUGUUGCCAUUCCACAUAUGAUCAAUCCGGACGCGGGAAAUAUGCGAGGGAAGUUGGGAUUUUUCUUUGGAGGUUUAUCUAUAAUUUGCCUCCUGUGGACAUGGUUUAGGGUACCAGAAACGAAAGGUAGAACAUACGAAGAGCUUGACAUUAUGUUUGAGCGCAACGUACCAACUCACCAAUUUAAGGAUUAUAAAGUCAUAUAA